GCUUCACUUAAAUAAUCAGACUCCAAAUUCAAUCAUUUUAUACUAACUGAUGGUAAAACCAAAAUUUCCUUUUUCCUUUUUCUGUGAUUUCUCAAAAUUUCCCCUUUGUGUGUGAAAAUUCCAGCUCUCCCACUGUUGACUUUAAGCUCAUCUUUCUUUUGCAUGAAAGUCCAAGCCUUCAUAAUUACUACGGGCAACAGUUUUUUUCUUCCUGUUUUUGGGUUUGAUUAUUACAAGCUUUAUUGAUCUUUGGGUUUAUCAGAUUUUGUGCCAUAGUCCAAACUUAGCUUUUUUAGGGUUGUUUUUAGACAAAAAAGAUUCUGGGUUUCUUUUUAAAAUUUUAAUUUCUUCUACAACCUAAAUAUAGAUCUUUAGCUGGUUUGAGUUGUUUCUCCUCCUUUUUUUGAGGCAUUGAAAAUCUAAGCUGUUUCUCUAUUACUUUUUUGUACUUUUGCCCACUUAAGACGCUUCUUAAAUAGAAAAAGUAGAACCUUUGAGUAUUUACUUUUACUUUUUUUUAUAGUUAUUAUUAUCAUUCAUUUCCAGAAAAUCUACUUGGUUGUUGCUGUGUUCUGAAGGCAAAAAAAAGUGUUGGUUUAUAACUGCAAAAGGGGGUUGGAUUGUUUGGUAAAAGAAAAAUGUUGAUUAGUAGUGAAACAGAGGAAAUCACGUUGCCUUCAACUGAAGUUAAAGAGUGUUCGACAUCAUCUCCAGUAGGAUCAAAUCCUGAUUCCCUUAAUGGAUUGCCCCCACCACCAGAUUUGCCUGAUUCUCCAUCACUGUCCACCAUUUUCUGUGAUGUCAAUGUGGUUCCUGAGCAUGAAAAGAGCCAGCUUGAGCAGUCUAUACACAAAUUACAAGGAGAAAUUGCUGAAUUGAGGUUAAUGCUAAGGUCAAUAGAUGAGAAAAGGAGGGAAACGUUGAAUAAGAUAAUAGACAUCAAAGGCAGCAUUAGAGUGUUUUGUCGAGUUAGGCCUUUCCUUUGGACAGACAAGAGACGAACCCCGGAACCUAUUUUGAGCGAACUUGAUCGGGUUAUCGUCACAUCAAGUGGAAGUCGAAAAGAGUUUGGGUUCGAUAAGAUUUUCCAUCAAGAAGCUAAUCAAGACGAUGUGUUUGUUGAUGUUGAACCAAUCCUCAGAUCUGCACUUGACGGGCACAAUGUAUCCAUUCUUGCCUAUGGUCAAACCGGUACUGGGAAGACAUUUACAAUGGAUGGCACGACGGUCCAGCCGGGAAUCGUUCCUCGAGCUUUAAAAGAGCUUUUCCAGCAAGUGUCUUCAGACAAGUCAUUUUCUUAUACUUUUUCAAUGAGCAUGUUGGAGGUUUACAUGGGCAAUCUGAGAGAUCUACUAGCUUCAAAGCCGGCAUUACGAACAAAUGAGACCGUGUCAAGAUGUAAUCUAAAUAUUCAAACAGAUCCAAAGGGGUCAGUAGAAAUUGAGGGUCUGACACAGGUUGAAAUACCAGAUUUUGCAAAAGCCAGAUGGUGGUACACGAAGGGUAGGCGGGCUCGAUCGACAUCAUGGACAAACGUGAAUGAGGCGUCCAGCAGGUCACACUGCUUAACAAGAAUCGUCAUUUCUCGACGUGGGGAUACUCCGGAAGCUAAACCGAAAAUAAGCAAAUUAUGGAUGGUUGAUCUUGGAGGGAGCGAACGGUUACUCAAAACCGGAGCAACUGGACAAACCCUUGAUGAAGGAAGGGCUAUAAAUCUUUCCCUUUCUGCUUUAGGCGAUGUUAUUGCUGCUCUAAGAAGAAAAAAAGGCCAUGUGCCAUACAGAAAUAGCAAGUUGACACAAAUCCUCAAAGAUUCCCUAGGUGUUGGUUCGAAAGUUUUGAUGCUCGUUCACAUAAGCCCGUGUCAAGAAGAUCUUGAGGAAACCAUCUGUUCUUUGAGCUUUGCAAAGAGGGCAAAAGCAGUGGACUCUAGCAGAGGACUACCUGAGGACUUGAAGAAGCUAAGAGAAAAACGGAUAUCUGAGCUUGAAGAGAACAUGAGGGAAGUUGAAGAAGAAUGUCAGAAACUUGCAAAUCAAAUAAGUAAGGCCGAGUUCUUAUUAAGUGAAAACCGAAAACUUUACUCAACUGCUUAUGGGGUACCUGAUGAGAGUGCGGAAAAGAAUCCUGAAAACCAUGAAGAAGAUGCAAAAACUCAUGUCAUCGAAACACCUAGAGUAACUCAGAAACCAAUUCAACAAAGCAUUCAUCGGUCUCUCCCUCGGUUCAUGUCCUCUACCGUGGCUAGUCGAGAAAGGCAAAGCGCAGCCGAAAAAGAUAUCGUUACAAGGGCAAGAACCUUUAGACCAAGAGCCAGGAGUUCAACGCAGCUCUCAGGUUUCCAGUCCCUCAGCUUUUCAGACAACCGCUUUGGAUCACUUUUGCGACACUCAGUGAAGAAUUCCCGGUUCAAAGACACAAAUGGUCCAGCCAUAGAGAGCCCAAAGUGCAAUGACUCAUCCUCCUUGAAGACAACUUCCUUGUCAAGAAGCAAGGUGGUCACAUCAUCUGAUCCAAACUUGAGAGUUAAACUUGGUCAUCAUAGAAGAAGGAUGUCUGAUUUUGUCUAACAAUUAAGAGUUAAAACUGAAGUGUGUUGGAUCCUAUUUUUUCAUUUUUGCUUAGUGUUUUCCUAUGUUACUUGGGCUCGGGUAAGUGUCCAUGUUUGGAUAUAUGUCGGGCACGAGUACUAUAAGAAAAAUGAAAAAUCUGAGUAACAUAUAAGUCAUUUUUGUUUGGUGAGGUGUGCCAUCAUAUAUAUUUUUAUUGAGGGUGGUUUGCACGGUUGUGAGAGGGAUCUGUAACUUAAUAAAGUAUUUUAUUUACAAGAUCCCCAUAUUGAAAUGGUUUGUUUUAGGUUUUGGGCUUUAGUGUUAAACAAUUCAUUAACAUUAUUAUUGUAAACACUAAUGAUGUUUUAUACAAGAAAAACUAGCCUUGAUUCCUGCCUUA